AUGGCAGAGCAGAGUGAACGGGCACCCCGGCCCAUGGGCAUGGAUCCCCCUCACAUUACCGAGUUCGCUUCGGAGCGGUAUUUUGAGAAGCUCAGCCAGCUCAACGCUCAGCAACAACAUCAACCCCCAGUCCCCGAUUCCCUCGAACCCUCCAAAUCCACCCCGACCUCGAGAUUCAUCCUCCCGUUGCGAGAAUCCAAGGUCGUCGAUGUAGAAACAGUCAAGCCUUCAGACCACAAGAAGGAGAAGGGUCUCCUCUUCUCCCUCCGCCACAAGGUCUCUCGCCUACACUCUAAAUCAUCUGCUCCGCAAACCUCUGCGCCGUCUGUAUUUCGAUCUCAACCACGGUCCUCAGUCGAGGCGGCCCGCCAAAUCCUACCUUUUGACCAACUGUUCCUCGCCCUGCCCAACGAGUUGCAGAUUCAAAUCAUCUCCUCCCUGCCCUUGACUGACAUUCUAAACCUUCGACUCUCAUCCAAGUCAUGGCACGCCCUCGUCACCCUCAACGAAAAUACCAUUGCCCGAUACCACCUCGAGAAUCAUAUCCCCGCAUACGCUGCCCGUCUCUACCCCGUCGCGGACACAACCGAGAUUAACUUCCAUUAUCUUUGCGGGCUUUGGCAUCGCUUACACGUCGCCGCCAAGCUUGCUUUCCUCAUGUGUGAAUGGAUUACAACAGAUAUCUUUUUACGUCAGACGGAACCACAACGGUUGGCCUUUGCGCCUCAACACGAACGCAUGCGACGACGACUAAUACCACUUCUCUUCACCAUAUUUCACUUCUUUGAGACCUAUCGAAAGCUUCACCUACAGCACUUGGCCGAGAAUGGAGGACGUGGCCUACAACGAGAGCCGUAUACUCUCAACCCGAUCGAGGCCGAAAUCAUGAAGAUGUACGAUGAUAAGACUUUAUUACGGGUUCACGAGGUUUUCCCCCUUGUCAUCUCAUCAUUCUGUCGACGACUACGACCUCCGACAUACGUGGGCCGUGUUGAACGGUCAUUGCGAGGAUACAUUAGGGAGAAGCCUUCUGACGAUGCUCAUGUCGCUAUCCUAUGUAUUGGCGGACUACGAGAAGUUGAGAGGUUAUGGGAAAUCAAGGGCUACAACUCCCGGCGUGGUGCCGUAGACACAUUUUGUCAUGGCCUCACCAAGGAUCACCAGCCAGUCGACUCAUCGACAAAAUCGAAACGGGGUCUUAUGGGCUUCGGCCGUAAGAAGUCGACAAGCGGUGUUGAUCUACCCCGAUCCUCCAGCGAUGGUCUGAAUAGGGUCAGGAGUCCAUCGGGCUCGAUUGACGGUAACAUGGGGUUUGACGCCGGCUUGAUCUUCAACACGAGCUUGGCCGCCGGUGCACCUAUGUCCCCCCUCAGCCGACAAGAUGCCCAGGCCCUCCUGGGCGAUCUCCCCGUCCUCCAACAAAUAUGGCUCGUUACGGCCGAGGCUGUCCUGCAUCAGCGAAGGGUGGUGGAACGACCACAAGAUAUCAAGCGCAACCAGCAGGUCAUGCUCGAUCUGAUCCGUGAAGACGGCAUCGACGAGGAGGACGAGUGGUGGUACGGCCGCAACAUCCCCGAUUCUGUGCGGCCUCCCGCCGGUGCGACCGAUGACGAUGCGGAUUAA